AUGUCGACGACGACGGCGACGGGCGCGACGACGGUGACGUCGACGCGACGGGCGGGACGACGACGCGCGCGUUCGCGCGCGCGAGGGGUGCGAACGAAUGUGUUGGACCCGGCGCGAGACGUCGUCGUCGUCUCGGGCGCGCUCGAACGCCUGGCGCAGUGCGCGGCGAAUCGAUUGCGCGUGAACGAUGGGAGCGCGGACGUGCGAGUGAUCGCGUCGAUGCCGGGCGAGGCGUUCGAGGGGAUCGCGAACCCGAGAGACGCGCGGAGCGCGGAGUUGACGUAUCCGCACGCGGGGACGCUGGCGUUGCUCGAGGAAUCCGAAGUGAUCGUGAUGCGAGAGGGGAGCGAGGAGAUAAGAGGGGUUGAAAAGGAGGUGACGUGCGUGAUAUUUGCCGAGGAGACGUCGAGGCGUUUGAGGGAGAGCGUGGACGCGUUCGCGACGCGGGUCGACGCGGGGGCGUAUCCAAAGCUUCGUAGAGUGAUCCUGAUCUCGCGCGUGGGGGUCGAGCGGCGAGAUGAAAAUCCGUUCAAGUACAUGAAUCGAAAGACGUUUCGCGGUGGGGCGCCUCUGGACGAGUGCGUCGCCGCGGAGGAGGCGAUUGUGACGCGCGCGGCGAAGACGAUAAAGCCGGGCGGCGUCGCCGACGGAUGGACGUACACCAUCGUUCGCACCGGUGAGCUUCGCGGGAACGGGCCGAUGGGCGUCGCGUACGGUGGUGAUUACGCGCUCACGCUCGUGGACAACGCGUUCGACGUUCGGAUGCAGGACAUCGAUGUCGCUCCGGGCGACACCAUGAACGGUAAGGAUUACACCAAGCGACUCAGCGCCGCCGUCUUCGCCAAUCGCAUGCUCACCACGUCCAGGUACGACGUCCUGAACGCGACGUACAGCAUCAUCUCGACCGGUCCCGUCCCGCGCGAGCGACGAAUGGGAUACGACGUCGCCAAGGGUAAGGUUCCUCCGCCGCUCUCCGACCGCGAAGUCGACGAGCGCGUCGCGCCCAAGGAGGGCGAGUCCGAGCGCGCGCCCCAAGGGUCGCCCGUUCCCACCUAA